AUGACUCGAUCAACCCUUGGCUCCGGCAUCCUUUUCACCUACCCUGAAAUCGCCACCAUCGCCGGCCUGCAAGGCGUGCUAGUCUACGCCCUCUCAUCCUCGCUCCCCCUCCUCAUCUUCGCCAUUCUCGGCCCCAUCAUCCGCCGCAAAUGCCCCGCAGGCUUCGUGCUGACCGAAUGGACGCGCCAGCGCUAUGGCGCCCUGACGGCACUCUACCUCUCGUUCCUGACGCUCGUCACCCUCUUCCUCUACAUGGUCGCCGAGCUCUCGGCCCUGCAGCAAGUGGUCAAUGCGUUGACGGGCCUGAACGGCCUGCCGGCUGUCAUCGUCGAAUGCUUCAUCACCACACUGUACACAAGCGUCGGCGGCUUCCGCGUCAGCUUCAUCACGGAUAACGUGCAGGGCGCGAUGGUCGUGGGGCUGAUCAUCGUGGGCUGCAUCACGGUCGGCACGCAGGUGAACGUGCAGCCUGACUUGGUGGACCGCAGCGGCUACCUCGAGCCCAGCCUGUUGGGGUGGCAGCUCAUCUACAUCCUGCCCAUGGCGAUCCUGACCAACGACUUCUUCAUCAGUGGGUUCUGGAUGCGCACGUUCGCGGCGCGCACGGACCGCGACCUGUGGAUCGGCGUGGGCCUCGCGACCGGCAUCGUCGCCGUGAUCCUCGCGUUGCUGGGCGUUGGUGGGCUGGUGGCCGGCUGGAGCGGCGUGCUGGGCGACCCGCCCGAGGAGAGCUCCAUCGCGCUGUUCUUGCUACUGGGCGAGCUGCCCGCGUGGGUUGUGGGCAUCGUGCUCGUCAUGACGGUCACGCUCAGCACCGCCUCCUUCGACAGCUUCCAGUCCGCCAUGGUCAGCACGGGCAGCAACGACAUCUUCCGCAACCGGCUCAACUUCUGGUGGGUGCGUCUUGCGGUCGUGCUCAUCAUCUUCCCCGUCGUUGUCGUCGCGCUCAAAAGCCCCUCCGUCCUGCAGAUCUACCUCAUCUCCGAUCUCAUCUCCGCCAGCUCUAUUCCCGUCCUGAUCAUCGGCCUCUCGGAGCGCUGCUACGCGUGGCGCGGCUUCGAGGUCGUGGUCGGCGGCCUCGGCGGCAUCCUCACCGUCUUCCUCUUUGGAUUGGUCUACUACGACGGGGACGCGAGCCGUGCGGGCGGCCUAUUGAUCCUGGAACAGGGCCUCUACGCCGGCGACUGGUCUGCAUUUGGCGCUUUUGUGGCCGCACCCGUGGGUGGGCUGCUGUGGGCGGGCGCGGCGUUUGCGCUGCGUUUGGCCUUCCAGUGGGCGUGGGCGCGGCACAAGGGCAUGCCGUUUGAGGCUCUGGAUCGUGUUGAGGCACCGACGGUGGGCCUGGGGGCCACGGAUGGUGGCGCGACCGAGUAUGUUGACGAGGAUGGCGUGGAGAGGACUGAUGUCAGGGUUAAGGGAAAGUUCUUCUGA